AUGUUUAAAAACACGCUAGAUAUUAAUGACAGAACGAUCAAAACUGUAACAGAGAAAUCAACUGAUGGUUUUUUGAAAGAAGAUCAAAGAGGAAAACAUAAUAAACAUUAUACUGUAGGUGAAGCUAUUAAAAAUGAUAUCAGGGAUCAUAUAAAAGGAAUACCAAAGAUUGAAAGCCAUUAUUUGAGGGCACAAACUACACGAGAAUUCAUUGAUGGAGGAAAAACUAUUUCUGACUUACAUAGGGACUAUGUGGACCAGUGUAAACGUAAUGGUCGGAAUUAUGGGAAUUAUGUGAUGUACAGUCGCAUUUUUAAUGGUGAAUUUAAUUUAGGUUUCUUCGCACCAAAGAAAGACAGAGGUGAAUUAUGUGUAGCUUAUGAAAAUUCGAAUCCGGAAGAUAAAUUACAACAUAAGAAAAAAUAUGAUGAACACCUAGUAGAAAAGAAUUUAUCUAGGGAAGAAAAAAAGAAAGACAAGGAAGCUCUUAAAAUAAAUAAAAACCUGAUUGUGGCUGUAUACGACUUACAGGCUGUUUUGCAGGUACCGCGUGGCAAUGUCUCUGUUUUUUACUAUAAGAGUAAACUAAAUAACAUGAAUUUCACAGUUAGCAAGUUGACAGCAGAAAACGCUGAAAGAAAAAGAAAUCAACCGACAACUAGUAACAGUAAUAAUGGUGAUUUGAUUGUAAAUCACGGUAUUACUGAGUGCUAUUUUUGGCAUGAGGGUGAAGGCAAUCGAGGUGCAGACGAAAUCGGUAGCUGCUUGCUUAAAUUUAUCGAAAAAGAAUUGCACAGUCUUACAGGUAUUACGACUCUAAAUAAGAUAAGGAUCUCUGAUAUAAAAAUGAUGACUAUUGCCAAAAAUAGACCAAAUAUUUUAAAGUACAAAACGUCUUACACGGACACCGAAUGGUCAGAAGCUAAUUUACUCUCCCGAAAUAAAAAACUAAUAAUACCUGACACAAAACAAGCUUAUACAACUAAAAUUAAAAUCAAGGAGAAUAAAAAGACUGAUUUAAUGACUUUACUACAAAACAAUCACAUUCCUAGUUUUUAUGCUGACUUUUAUAACAAUUUGUGA